GCAGUAAAGUAGAGAUACCGUGAUUUUACAUAAGUGACAGGACUUUAAAUGACAACUUCUUCAGAUUCUUAACUUAAAUUCAAUAUUCAGUUGCACCGUUCAAACAGAGCCUAAUAAUCGGGUACUAUACGUGAAUACAUCACGAUUUGUUUUAAGAGCUGAGUGGAGCUUUGGUUACUAACAUAUCAAAAUAGCUUUGGAUUUAAGUCGAUCGAAUAAUACUAGAUUUGACAAAACUGUCUGGAAGCCAGAGAUGAAAUGCACAGAGGCAACUGGUACCUGACCACCCGAAACGCGCACCAAACACACAGGACCAUUUUCUUCUGGAUUUGAAAAAACACAAAAUAUGGUUCACACAAAUGGAUGAUUCUAACCACCGUUUACUUUUUUUUAAAAAGUAUCGUCAAAAUGUGGGUCUUUGCUUUUCUGGUUUGCUUGGAAUUUUCCAUACCGGUCAAAGCAAUUCCAAAAGAAUGUGAGCUGCACAGUAUUCUCAUGCGGGAAGAAGAGCGAUGCAAUGAAAUUCUGUCCCAGGAGAAGCAAAACUUAUCUGAAGUUGGAUUGCCCCGGACAGAAUGCCAAGGAAUGUGGGAUAACCUGAGCUGCUGGCCUUCCUCUGCCAUUGGAAAGACUGUUGCAGUCGCGUGCCCCAAGUUCAUCUUUGUGCUCACUGGAAAAGAAGGUUUUGUUUAUAGAAACUGCACCAGUGAUGGCUGGUCUAAUCCAUUUCCCCGACAUGAUGUCGCCUGUGGAUUUGAUACUAACAACACAAUUGAAGAUGACAACAACACAUACUACAUGAACGUGAAGACCAUGUACACUGUGGGGUAUGGCACAUCCCUUGUGUCUCUGAGCAUCGCGAUAGUGAUUAUUUGUUCCUUCAGGAAACUUCACUGUACAAGGAAUUACAUCCAUAUCCAGCUGUUUAUGUCUUUCAUUCUUCGAGCUGUUUCAAUCUUCGUCAAAGAUACAGUGCUGUUUGCUACUGAAUACAUUUAUUAUUGCAAUGCAUACUCGGCGGGGUGUAAGUUUGUCAUGAUUUUCUUUCAAUACUGCAUCAUGGCCAACUACAGCUGGCUGCUGGUAGAAGGACUUUAUCUUCACACACUACUGAUUGUAUCUUUCUUCUCAGAGAAGAAAUAUUUUUGGUGUUACAUAGCUCUUGGCUGGGGCUCCCCUUUGAUAUUUAUUACAGCCUGGUCGAUUUCAAGACAUUUACAUGAAGACACAGGAUGCUGGGGUACCAACAGUAAUGCUGGGAUCAAGUGGAUAAUUAAAGGUCCUAUAAUUAUAUCAAUUUUUAUCAACGUUCUAUUCUUUGUCAGUAUCAUACGAAUACUGGUUAGCAAAUUAAAGACUCCAGGUGCACAAGGAAAGGAAUUCAACCAUUACAAGAGGCUUGCAAAAUCUACCCUAUUGUUAAUUUCGCUCUUCGGUGUGCACUAUAUCUUGUUUGCAUGUUUCCCUGAAGAUGUGAGCAGUUCAACUAUGGAAAUCCUGCUAUAUUUUGAACUUGCACUGGGAUCACUUCAGGGAUUUGUGGUUGCAGUUCUUUACUGCUUUCUAAAUAGCGAGGUGCAAUGCGAAAUUAAGCGAAAGUGGAGACGAUGGAAGCUGAAGAAACAUUUUAAGAGAGAGUCGAGACACAGUCACAACUCCAUCAGCACUGGAGGUAACGGUUCCACUCAAGUGUCACUGCUCACUCGAGAACAGAGACAACCCAGUCUGUAUGCUUCCACUGGGGUAUGAAAUUACACAGGCUACGCAAGGAAAGAACUCCACUGCAGCAGUAUCCACGGACUCUGAAGAGUCAUGACUUUGAAUGUGAAGUCGCGAUCAUUGUGGGAGAAACAUGGCACUUACAUGGCACUAAAGCAGCUAACUUUCAUGAGACUGUAUUAUACAAUACAAACAAAAUCUCAGAUAAGGUUGGCAGAUGUUAAUCAGCUCUUUCUUUGGAACUAAUGAAUCUUACCUCUGCUGUGCCAGGACUAAGACAUAAUACUCCCCUCUCUAUACAAAACAGCUUGGCUGCUAUUUAUAAAUGGUUUACUGCUGAGUGCAAGUGUCACAUACAUAAUGUGACAAAAGAAUAAACACUGGGUCCUAAGAGCUACAAUUUAGGUGAUCCUUUUUCAGGUGUUGGGUUGACAAGGCUUUAUAAAAUAAUUAUCAAAUAUGUAUUAGAUUUAUAGUUUGGCACCUUGCCCUCUUUUCACUGAUGUCAGAAAACCAUAAAUAAUUGAAUUGCCCAGGAAAUUGUAAAGAUGCAGAUCAGAGAAAGAAAAAAAAAAAAAAAUCACAGGAAAGACAAAAUUUAUGUUUUGCACUGAAGGCAUGUUGAAUGCUCUUGGAAGCAACAUACCUGUGUCCGAAGCAAUUGGUGCAAAUAUUAAUUUAUGAAUUAAUAUAAAUGUUUGCAUAUGCUGAUGACAUUUUGGGAAGCCACUGAAAGCAGCAUGUAUAUCUGAAUGUGCCUAUCUUGUCCCAAAGCUUCUGGCCCUGUGAGAGCAUUCUAAGAACCACCUUUGCAAACUGUUUUCCAAACUCCCUUGUGCUCCCAGACACUUUUGAACUUGAGGUCAAGAAUGGUUCUACUCUAGAGAUGGCUUAUGGGAAACCAAAACAAUUUAUACCCACACUCUAUAUACUGUGUUUCAGUUGUCUGCUUAGCAAGUGGCUAUCAAUUGGAAAUCCAAUACUGUUUCCAGAUGCCUGCCAGACACCUACUGAUCAUAAGUCAUCCUAAAUCGUGUUAAUAGCUGUGUUACAAAACCUGAAAAUGCCCCUCUGUCCCUGCUACCUAUUUCAGUGACACAAGCUAUUGUCUUUUGGAGAUCCUGCAUUAAGAGUGUAGACAUAUUUAUGUUGGUAAAAAUAAGUCAAAUUUUCACUAUUUUUAUACUUGUAGCAAAAUACUGUGUGUCUUCAUACUGUACCGUAUGUAUGUUUGUUUUUUAUUAGUAAUGUAUUGACAAACUUUUAUUUUACAUCAUAAAUUGAUCUUUUUGGAGUGUGAAGUUUAAAUUUAAAUUAUGUAUUAAUAAUUUGCAAAUGUGUCAUGUAGACUAAGUAACUACCAGAAACUAACAUUUAGUUUAGUAAAACCUGGUUGUUUUAUGAUUUUGGAUUUCUAUAAAUAAAAGAUUUAAGCCACAGUGUUACCAAUAAAUAGACUUUUGCUUUUUGAAAGAACACUAUAUUAUUAUUGUCUUUUUAUGUUAGUUUAUCCAGAGGGGUCAAACAUGUGAUUUAAUCUUGUUAUUUUGUUUGAAUAAAAGCAU